AUGGCCUCGCUCUACCCCAUGACCUCGCUCUACGUGGGGGACCUACACCCCGAUGUGACCCAGGCGAUGCUUUACGAGAAGUUCAGCCCGGCCGGGCCGAUCCUCUCCAUCCGAGUUUGCCGAGACCUGAUCACGCGCCGCUCCUUGGGCUACGGGUAUGUGAACUUCCAGCAUGCGGCAGACGCCGAGCGUGCUCUGGACGCCAUGAAUUUUGAUGUGAUUAAGGGCAGGCCAGUUCGCAUUAUGUGGUCUCAGCGUGAUCCCUCACUUCGCAGAAGUGGAGUGGGCAACAUAUUCAUUAAAAAUUUGGACAAAUCCAUCGAUAAUAAGGCCCUAUAUGAAACAUUUUCCGCUUUUGGUAACAUCCUUUCAUGUAAGGUGGUUUGUGACGAAAAUGGUUCCAAGGGCUAUGGAUUUGUACACUUUGAGACACAGUAUGCUGCCGAAAGAGCUAUUGAAAAUAUGAACGGGAUGUUUCUGAAUGAUCUUAAAGUGUAUGUUGGACAGUUUAAGUCUCGUAGAGAAAGAGAGGCAGAAUUCGGAGCUAAGGCGAAACAGUUCACUAAUGUUUACAUAAAGAAUUUUGGAGAAGAUAUGGAUGACGAGCGCCUUAAGGGGCUCUUUGGCAAGUUUGGACCUGCCUUAAGUGUGAAAGUAAUGACUGAUGAGAGUGGAAAAUCCAAAGGGUUCGGAUUUGUAAGCUUUGAAAGGCAUGAAUGUGCACAGAAAGCUGUGGAUGAGAUGAAUGGGAAAGAGCUCAGUGGAAAACAAAUAUAUGUUGGUCGAGCUCAGAAAAAAGUGGAACGGGAGACUGAACUUAAGCGCAAAUUUGAACAGAUAAAGCAAGAUAGGCUCACCAGAUACCAGGCUCUUAACCUUUAUGUGAAAAACCUUGAUGAUGAUAUUGAUGAUGAGCGUCUCCGUAAAGAGUUUUCUCCGUUCGGUACAAUCACUAGUGCAAAGGUCAUGAUGGAGGGUGGUCGCAGCAAAGGGUUUGGUUUUGUAUGUUUCUCUGCCCCAGAAGAAGCCACCAAAGCCGUUGUAGAAAUGAAUGGUAGAAUUGUGGCCACCAAGCCACUGUAUGUAGCUUUAGCCCAGCGCAAAGAAGAGCGCCAGGUUCACCUCACUAACCAGUAUAUACAGAGAACGGGACGUGUACGAGCUAUGCCCACCCCUGUUACCAACCCCUACCAGCCAGCACCUCCUUCAGAUUCCUGCAUGGCAGCUGUCCCACAGCCUCAGAACCAUGCUUCAUACGAUCCUUCUAGCCAAAUUGCUCAACUAAGACCAAGUCCUCGCUGGACUGCUCAGGGAGCCAGACCUCAUCCAUUCCAAAUUACCAUGCAACAGCCUGCUAUUCCCGUACAAGGUCAGGAGCCUUUGACCACUUGCAUGUUGGCAAAGCCUCCUCAAGAGGAAAAGCAAAUGUUGGGUGAACGGCUGUUUCCUUUUAUUCAAGCCAUGCACUCUAUUCUUGCUGGUAAAAUCACUGGCAUGUUGUUGGAGAUUGAUAAUUCAAAAUUUCUUCAUAUGCUUGAGUUUCCAGAGUCCCUCCGUUCUAAGGUUGAUGAAACAGUAGCUUUACUGCAAGCCCACCAAGCUGAAGUGGCAGCCCAGAAAGCAAUUUACAGUGCCACCAAUGUUCCAACCAUUUAA